GAUAGCUAAGCUAGUUGUUUGAAUUAGGUCGGCCUUUUUCACUAAGCUAUUAAAAUUGACUUUUGCAUAUUACUACUGAUUAUAACUUCAUGUUUUUUUUUUUUUUUUUUUUACUGAACCUCGGUCUUAGUUACUAAGCCAUGUCUCAUUGGUAGCAUUGAUUAUUACUUAUUGCCAUAUUGGUAUUAAUCUAUUUCGAUCGACCAAUGUUUUUGCUCAUUGAAAUGUGUUUGUUUCUCCUUCCUAUUUCUCAUCUAAACUACUUGCAAUACAAUUCAACAUUGGGGCACUUGUGGCAGUGACGCUGAAUACACCAUAAUCCUUCUAGACUUCUUCUAACUAGAGCUUUGUACAUACAUAUGCUCCGUAUAACCAUGCUGCCAUGCACAUACAAGUGUAGUAAAUCGUUCCCAUUCAACAAGAAGAUAUCGUAAAAUAGUAUACAUGAUUAUUAAUUUCAUUACCGAAAAACAGCCUAAACAUCUAAUCUCUACAACAAAAGCAUAGCAUAGCAUUGCAUUACAUAACAUACUUUAACAUAACUGAAAUUUACAGCAUGAAAAAACUGAUAAGAGCCGCGUAUUUCAGACCUGAGUACAAUCAUUACUCCCCCUAUUCUCCAAUUAAUCAUGCAAAUUUGUUUCGUACUUUCGCUCUCAACUCUAAUGACCCAUCAAUUUUUCAAAAAAUAUAAAAAAAAUUCAUAAAACUUUUCUUUUUACAGGGUUUUGAAUUGAAAAAAAUGCCAAAACUGAACAGUCACAUUCAUUAGUACAGUUAGUUUCCACAAAUCUCUCUCCCACUUUUUUCCCUCCUUCUUCCUCUGUUUUUUUUCAAUUACUUUCACUUUCAAACAUUUACUAAUAAAUAUUAAUAUUCACUGUAAUAAUAAUAUUAAGUACAGUACAUAAAUCUUCCUUAUUCAAACCCCUCCAAAACCCUAGUUUCUGUUUUUUUUUUUUUUUUCUUAAAGCUCCCAUUUUUCUCUCAAAUUCAACCAGAAAAAUUAGCAAAACCCAUCUAUUUUCCCCUGUUAAUUUUACAGAGUCCCCUGCUCUUUCAUACCAAAAACAGUGGAAUUUUUUUAUUUCCAAUUUAAUUUAAAAUUCCAUGAAAUGAGUGAAAACAAAGAAGAGAGAGAAAAUUCCCCACAUCAUCAGAAAGAAGAGAGAGAUUCAGCAACAACCCAGAAAAUCAGGGGACCUCCACCACCUCCUCUGUUUCUUCCUUCAAGCUUUGAUUUUGAACAAUCAAAAAGGCCAAGAUAUGUUCAUCAGCAUCAUCAAUGGAAGCAACAAAGCCCAUUGGGCCUUCAAAACCCAGAAUCAAGCCCAUCUCCUUCAAACCCACAAGCCCAAUUAACUUCCCCUGAUUCAUCUUCUUCACCUUCACUUUCUCCUAUCCCAUCUUCUUCAACUGGUCAAGAACUCACCAACAAACAAGAAAACCAACAACAACAACAACAACAACAGCAACAGUUUAGGAAAGGGAAGUAUGUAAGUCCAGUUUGGAAACCCCAUGAAAUGCUUUGGCUAGCUAAGGCUUGGAGGGCUCAGUAUCAAGGAGAUGGUUCGGGUUCAGGUUCCGGUUCCGGUUUCGGGUACGAAAGCGUAGGAGGAAGUGGAGGGAGAGGGAAAACAAGAGCUGAAAAAGAUAGAGAAGUGGCAGAAUUCUUAAACAAGUAUGGAGUAAAUAGGGAUGCAAAAACAGCAGGGACAAAGUGGGACAAUAUGUUGGGAGAGUUUAGGAAGGUUUAUGAAUGGGAAAGAGGUAGUGAAAGAGAACAAGUUGGAAAGAGUUAUUUUAGACUUUCACCUUAUGAAAGAAAGAUUCAUAGAUUACCUGCUUCUUUUGAUGAAGAAGUUUUUGAAGAAUUGUCUCAAUUUAUGGGCCCUAAAAUGAGACAUUCUUCUCAUCUUACUUCUCUUCAAACUUGUUCUAGAUCAUUUUCUACUAGAACUACUAAUCCUUGUGAUCUUAGUCUUAAAGCUUUGCCUCCUCCUCACCCUUUUAGGGAUGAUACUUUUCCUCUUUCUAGCAUGUUUUCAGAAAGGGCAAUGCAAAUGCAAUCUUACUUGAUGCAUAACCCAAGGAAUUCCUUUCUUGGGUUCGAGCCACAUUCAUCAUCAAACGUAGGAAUGUCACCCUUGUCAACAACGAGUGGAUCGCCUCGAGUCGAGCUCCGAAGAAUCGGAAGAAUGAGGAUGAUAUGGGAAGAGUGGGUGAGCUUGUGGGCGGAGGAAGGUGAGUACCAUAGAGGAAGAGUAAAAGUACAAGGGUCUAACAAUUUGUUGAAUGCAGAUGAACUUAUUUACUUUGAUGAUUCUAUGGUGGCUUCCUCUUUGGAAGCCUUUGAAGAUGGCCCUCUAAAGGGCUUCUCCGUUGACCGGUUCGCCCCCGGUCAACAGCUCAAGGUGUUAGGAAGACGAAAGCACUCCUCUUCGCCUUCUCCUUCUAUGUCAUCAGCCGAUUUUAAUGAGAGACUCCCUUUUGCAAUAGCAGCUGAACCCUCUAUAAGAUGGGAAUUCCAAGACCCUACAGAGUAUUAUCUUGGCUGCCUAAGAUCACCACCGACAACACUACCAACCUUAUUUGAGCUAUCAUGGUACAUACAAGAGCCUCCACCGGAGGAGUUUCGGCUUCCCCUUCGUAAGGACAUAUACCGCGAUUUGCCUCAAGGGAGAGAGCUCUUCUUCACCACAUCCUCAAACGAGCCACUAGAUUGUAAGUCUUUCACCAUUGACGUCCUAAGCUCGCUCAUUCGAUCAAUCCCAAGCAUAACCGCCUCGACCUCAUCUAGCCGGGACUCCUACAUUUCCCUAUGGGAUGAUUGUAUCAACCGAGUUGUGUCAAAAUUUUGUCCAUAUGAGAUGGUCUUUACAAGGAAGCAACUCACCAAGGCAAUAUCUUCCGAGUCAAUUCGAGAUCAAUGGCCGAAUUUAACAGGAAUGGUGAAGAAUUUUUGUCUUUGGAGAGGUGAGGAAAUUGAUCAACUUAGAGAAUCACAACCUUUUAUUGAUCCUUCUUCAAGUAUUACACAAAAAAUUUCAUGGACCUACAAUGACCUUCCUUAUGUGUUAGGGUACUAUGCCCUUGGACACAAUGUUACAUUUUGUGCAUUAAGCCUACCCUCAUCUUCACCCUCAUCAUCAUCUCAAGACUCGAUCAUAACCCGAACCGAUCUCUACUCCCUAGACCUAACAAAUCCUUCAGAGAGAGUCAAGUUACUAGUCCCAUGUUGGAGAAUUGGCAUCCUAUUAGCCUCCUUAGCCGAGAGGUGCACCAAGAAUUGUUCCCAAAGCGACUAUGAACGACUUGAUCAAGGGGAUGGUAACAUAAUUGAAAUGACAAUGACGACGACGACAAGAUUCUACCCUAGCAAAAGAAGAUGGCAAACAAGCAAGGAAAUCUACUCGGUCCUAGACCAACGAGUAGUCCCACACGCGGAACACGUGAUCUCCUACGACGAAGAAGAAUUAGCCCUUGUGUUCAAACCAAGAGGAGUAAAGACAAAGCCAAAAAACACACAACAACUAGUACUAGCCCUAAAACAAGUAGCAAAAGCACUAGUAGCAUUACAUGACCUAAGUUUCAUGCAUAGAGGUUUGUCAUGGGAAAAAGUCCUAAUGGUAAUGCAAUCCAAGGCGGAGGAGUGGUUCGUGGCGGGGUUCGAGGAGGCGGUAGGGGCACCACAGAUAAAUCCAUACAACGUAUCGGAAACGGCGACAGCGGUGGCACCGGAGAUGGGGAGAGGAGUGCAUGGGGUGAAAGUGGAUGUUUAUGGAAUAGGGAAUUUGAUAAAGACAAGUGAAGUGAAAUCAGAAGGAAUAGUAGGAAAACAGCUAAAAGAGUUGGAAGGAAAAUGCAUGGAGCAAAACCCAGAACAACGACCAACAGCAGCUGACUGUUACCAUCACUUGUUGCAGAUUCAGUCGUCGCUUUCAUCCGCCGCCUCUGCUCGUUGCAAUUGAUUUCUGCAACAAAUUUAAUUCUAAAAUAUUACAGGUUUUUUUUUUAUUAGAGUAUUUUUAUUUUUAAUUUUAUUUAUUGAUAUCUAUAUUUGGGGAAAAAUGUUUAUGUGGGUUUGUGCCAUUUGUCAGGGUAUGUGGUAGAAAGAGGAAAUACUCCUAUAAAAUUGCCUGUUCAUUGUUGGGGGUAUUUAGGGUACUUUUUAUGCUAGGGUUUUAUUUUUUGAGGGGUUUUCUUCAGAAAUUUAUUGGGAUACCCUUUUUUUUUCCAAAAAAAAAAAGGAAUUAUUGGGAGGUAAUUAAUUGGAUAAUUGAAGCUAGAAUUUAAGUGUAGGAGAAAUGACGUGAGUCAGUGAUUGUGACUGUUCAAUAAGGAAUUUUUUUUUUUUUUUGGUACUAAUAAUUAUUACAGUAGUACUCUACUAAUUUGUGAAUCAAUAUAUGUGUUCUACCAUUUUAGGCUAGACUUGUUAAUUAAUUUUAUUAUUACUUGUUUGGAUUAUUACUACUUGUGUGUCAAUUGACUUUUUUUUUUUUUUUUUUUUCUUUUGUGCAUUUUUUGGUUUGGGAUGUGUGUUUUAUUUGAGAAUGUGCUAUUAAAUUUUGCUUGAAUAUUUUGAGCCUUUUUUAUUUAGUGAGUUCGGAGAACGGUAGUACGAGAGAGAUCUUUCAAACCUAAAAUUAUAAGUAAUAUUAUUACUUUGUAGGUUAGAUCUAGUUGUCAUAUUAUUAGCUUAAAGUACAUUAUACGAAUUAUGUUGACUUGAAUAUGAUUAAUUAAUUCAAGACGUAUUCUAACAAGUAUAUAUAGGAUGAAAUUGUCAGACUAACCCAUCUAGCAUUGUUGGUGUUUGGAGAUUAGUAUGACAUUAGAUGUUACC